UGACACUAGUGUAUCAGUUCAAUUCAAGCCCACUUCUUAUUUCUGUAGAAGACUAUUGUUUUAUCAAUACUGGGUUUGGGUUUGGGUUUUCAAAGCUUGUCAUCUGGGUUUUGUUCUCUAUCAAUAAAACAAUAUAUUUUCUCUAUCUCUUCCUGUUUUCAGAGGUGCAUAAUGGCCAAUGGGAGAUUAGGACAAUGGUUGCAAAUGCUAGUUUGUGUACUGAUAUUGCUCAAAACAGAAGGCUUCUAUGUUGGCAUAACUUAUGUUCAGAAUGCUGUUGCAAAAGGAGCAGUUUGUUUGGAUGGGUCUCCCCCGGCUUACCAUCUUGAUAAGGGGUUUGGAGCAGGAAUUAACAAUUGGUUGGUUCAUUUUGAGGGAGGAGGAUGGUGUAACAAUGUUACAACUUGCCUUGCCCGUAAGAACACUCGUCUAGGUUCAUCUAAGCAAAUGGCAAAUCAGCUUGCUUUCUCUGGGCUUCUGAGCAACCUGCAAAAGUUUAAUCCAGACUUCUAUAAUUGGAAUAGGAUCAAGGUUAUGUACUGCGAUGGGUCAUCAUUUACAGGCGAUGUCGAAGCAGUCAAUCCCGCCACUAAUCUUCACUUCAGAGGUGCAAGGAUUUUUGUCGCUGUUAUUGAGGAUCUAUUAGCAAAAGGAAUGAAGAAUGCUGCAAAUGCUAUCAUCUCAGGCUGUUCAGCUGGUGGUUUAACAUCCAUAUUGCAUUGUGAUAGCUUCCGAGCUCUCCUACCCAUCGGUACUAAAGUAAAAUGCCUUUCGGACGCUGGCUAUUUUAUCAAUAUGAAGGAUGUUUCCGGAACACAACACAUUGAAGCAUUCUACAACGACGUAGUCACCACACAUGGAUCAGCGAAAAAUUUACCCAUAUCGUGCACUUCAAAAAUGAGACCUGGUUUGUGUUUUUUCCCCCAAAACAUGGCUCAGCAAAUUCAAACACCACUUUUUCUAGUAAACGCAGCCUACGAUUCAUGGCAGAUAAAGAACAUCUUGGCACCAGGAGUUGCUGAUCCUCAUGGCCUCUGGCAUAGCUGCAAGCUUGAUAUAACUAAGUGUUCAUCUAAUCAGCUACAAACCAUGCAUGCAUUCAGGUUGGCAUUUUUAAGUGCAUUGACAGGACUAGGCGGCGAUUCAUCGAAAGGAUUGUUUAUCAACUCUUGCUAUGCUCACUGCCAAACUGAAGUGCAGGAGACAUGGAUGAGGACUGACUCUCCAAAACUCGGUGGAAUUACAAUUGCAAAGGCAGUUGGUGAUUGGUACUAUGAGAGGAACCCUUUCCAAAAGAUCGAUUGUGCUUAUCCUUGUGACAAAACUUGCCACAAUCGCAUUUUUGGUCCAAAUGAGCACUCAUUAAUUUAAAUAUAUCUACAUAUAAAUAUGUUCUUAUAGUAUAUUUAUGAAGUCAUUAUUCUUUGGACAAAUGUUGUUUGAUGGAAAUGAGCUUCAAUUAUAAGUAGUGAUUGAUCAAGUAAUCAAAAUAAGUAAAGAUCACACCAGAGUGCACUAAAUCUCUGUGCUGGGUGUUCAUAUCCUUAUUAUUUAUGUGAACAAUAAUUCAUAUCUUAAUGAAAUAAAAUAUUCAGUCUCGUGAUUGUUAGAUGAUA